CACUAACUCGCGCGCUGACGCGCGCGAAUUGGAUCGCCAUGGAAGCCUAUGAUAUGGAUAUGGAUGGCAUGGAGGGCGCCGAGGCCGGGUAUCAGGACCGGCACCUCAUCAACCUCCUUAGCCAGGAGAUGAGCCAGCAGCAGGAUCUCAUUGCCAGCCUGCGGCGGGAGGUCGAUAGCUGUCGGGAGGAGGUUGGCGCGCUUCGGGAUUGCCUUCAAAGCAAUGGCGUGGUGGACGGUGUGCGGUUUCUGGUGCACUUGCACCGCCGGCGCUUCAACACGGCCUGUGCCGCCUAUGGAAUUGGCCCUUGCGUCCCCUUGGAUUUCGUCAUCGACAUCCGGGCUGUCGCCAUGGCCGUGGGCAGCUUCGCCGGGUACUCCGCCAUGAGGGCGCUCUCCGAGGCGUCUCAGGCGGCCCGACCUGCUGCCGAGGACGCCCUGUGCCGGCUGUGCCCAGGACAUUUGUACCUGUGCGGCGGCUUCGAAGGCCAGCUGGCCCUAAGCUCUGUGGAGCGGUUGGACCCUCACGCUGGCGUGUGGGAGGUGCUUCCUCCUAUGACCGAAGCGAGGCAAUACACCUGCGCAGGGGUGAUGUCUGGCAAGAUCUACGUGUGCGGUGGAUGGGCUGGACCACAACCUGUCCGAAGUGUGGAGUGUUACGACCCUUCUUGCAACAGGUGGUCGCCCAUGCCGUCCAUGCUGGUUGCAAGGUGGGGAGCUGGAGCAGGCGUCAUCAACAAGCGGCUCUUCAUUUGUGGUGGCCUGGACGAGAGCAGGCAGCCUCUGAACUCCGUGGAGUGCUUCUCGCCCCCCGGCGUGGCGCAGGUGCCGCACUGCACACCCCGGGCUCCCGGAAGUGCUGCAAACUUCAACGGCAGCUGGCAGGUGAUGCCGGCCAUGGCGGAGCGGCGGGGCUGGCCUGCGGCCGUGGCCCUGCAAGGACUGCUCUAUGUAUGUGGCGGCAGAGACGAGCAACGGGAGCCACUAAGUAGCGUGGAGAGGCUGAACAUCUCUCCAAGCAUUUGGCUUCCGCUGCCAAACCUGUCAAGCCAGCGGGCAGGUGCAUCCGCUGCAGCAUGUGGCGGCAGGCUCUACGUUUGCGGCGGCGCCUUUGGAGCGCAGAUGUUGAACUCGGUCGAGCGCUUCGACCCGAAGGUAGGGACUUGGGAGACGCUGCCCCCGAUGUCCGCGCGGCGCGCCUACGUGGCUGCAGCCGCCAUUGCGGGGGGCAUCCAUGUGUUUGGGGGCAGCGAUGGGGGGCAGUGCCUGCUCACGGCCGAGCGCUUCGAUCCGGUGACGGGCACCUGGAUUCAGCUGCCGGACAUGAACGAGAGGAGAUCGGGGGCUGCAUCCAUAGCUCUGAUGAUUUGACCGAUCAAGAAGAUCCGGUCUCACGUGUCACCAGGACCCUUGCCCCACCCUU